CGCUGCUGGGAGCAGAGAGACGCCGGCGCCCGGCCCCCCGCCCCGGCAUGGCCUGAGCUGUCCCGGCCGCCCGCCCGCCCGCCUGCAGUCGGUCCUUCCCUCGACUGUCCCGCGGCGCGGGCCGGGCUCUGGGCGCUGGAACUCCCCCCCGCCAGUGCUUUGAAGGGUUCCCGGCAGAGCGGGGAGAUGUCCGGCAGCCGGAGGAGGGGCGGCGCCCCCUGGCACAGCUUCUCCCGGUUCUUCUCUGCUCGGAGCCCUUCCCGGGACAAGGAAGAGGAAGACGAGAGGCCGAGGACUAGCCCGCCGCCCGCUCCGAGUCGGGGCUCUGCCAGAGAUAGAGAUGGCAGAGAAGGAGGGAGAGAAAGAGACCACAGUACUGAAGCUUCCUUCGAUGCCAUAUGGGCUGGGCUCAAUCCUGGGUUGCACACUUGGCAAAGCACAGCACUAUCCACUGUUGAAACUGAGCUCUUGAGCACAAGUCAGAAAAAGGAAAAUGUACUUUCACCAGAAGCAGUAAAGAUUCCCCAAAGUGAAGACAAAAAGAACCAUGCUGAGACGAUAAUCACGCAAGAAAAUUCCAAAAAAUCAAAUGACCUUUCAAGUUGCAUUUCUGAUACCAAAACAGGAGAAAAUGAUCGACAGCCAAAAGAAAGCUUUUUUCAGUUUCUUGGCAGCUUAUUCAGUAUCUCAGGAAAGUCCUAUCUUGGUGAAUCUAAGCAGUCUUCUUUCAAAGAUGGCCGUGACAAAACUGAGAAAGAUGUACAUACUCCCAGUGACUGUCAUGAGGAAGAGACUGAAAGGAAAGGGGAAACUGUCAGUGACCCCCCAGGAAUCCAGGUGCUUCCAGCAGAAGAACAAGAGUCCAACUCAACUGACUUCUCAGAUACCGUUUCUUUGGAUACAACACAAGACAGUGAGCAGGAAACCAGUGAUUUGCUAGAACAAUUGGAUCAUAAACCAUCAAGGCCUGCAGUAACAUAUGCAACUUAUCAAGGGCCCAGACAAAUUAGACAGUAUUUGAAGCAGCAAACUGUGGUAGAAACUGUGAAUCCCUUGGACAGAAAAGAUGGGAGUUCCGACUCCAGUGCAGGCACACAUACUCAUCCUAAAAGUGAAAAUGAGGCUGGCAAGGUGACAACAUUUUCAUCAGCCGGCACAGACAUAUCUGUGAAAGGACAUUUGCUAGGAUGCUCAUUUGAAGACUUUGACUGUUGUAAAGUAAAUCUCAACACAGAGGGCCAUCUAACAAGCAACCCAGAACUGUUGAAUACUGCUGCUUCUAAAGAUGUUUUAUAUCAAAGUGAUCCUGGGGGACCUGAGAGAAGUAGGUCACCCCCAUCUGCGACUUACUCUAACUCUGCUGUUGGAGAAUCUGACUCACGGCACUAUUUAAUUUGUGCACCAGUUUCUCAGACUGACAAAAAUCUGGUGCGUUCAGCAUUGUUUUCAAGAUGUAACAGCAGCAAAGAUCCUUGCAGUCCAAAUUUUCAGAGGAUAGCAGCAGAUGCUGUGUUAGAAGAUAGCUUUGUUAUGAGUGAAGAGACACUGGUACACGGAGAAGAGCAUGCUGUGCCCGAGAACCCGUCUACUUUUAACUGCUCUUGUAGUAAAUCUGAUGGAAGUGAAAUUACCAAACAGGAAAGUACAGAUUUGUCAAGUCCAAAUAAAUCAGUUAUUCAUAAAGAGCUGCAGUUGUCAGAGAGUAAGUGUUCAGACAAGCCAACAAUAGAUAACUCAUUGAAGCAGGCUGCCAGCCACACCAGCACCAUUGCUCUUCUGAGACAUGCUGUGACAAACACAGGACUUGUAAAUGAAAGAAAUAGGUUGCCUACUCAAGACUCACAGAAAAAUUUGGCUGCUACAGAAAUCAGGCAAGAGGCAGAAACCACUUCAGUUGUUGAACCCACAAUUUCGAGUUAUGUAGAAAUGUCAGAAGAUAAAAUGGCACUGUUUCCCAAAGAUACUGACCAGCUGUAUGUACAAGGAGCCAAAAACCUUAAUUUUAAGCUACAAGGAAAAAGGCCUUACAAUAUUAGACUAGAUCAAAACAGCCCAGCCUCUGCAAAAUACAACAGUGAAUCAGCAGUUGUAACAUGCUUAGAGACUAAAAUGUCACCGGAACUGAAUUUUGAACUUGAUAGAAAUAACACUUUAGAAUUUUUUCAUGACUCAGAGAGUUCUCAACAAACCAAAACAUCACCUGGUACCAGAACACCUCUUACUCAUGACUAUGAAAAAUCACAUUUCAACACUUGUUCUCCUACCUUCGUUUUUGAAGAUAGCAGGCUGAGAAAGUUGAAUGUUCCCGUUUCAAAGAAUGAGGGUUCUUCUGUGUUCAUUGAAAAUAGAGAUGUCAGCAUUGGUGCUACAACCAUUCAACCCAGUGUGUGUCAAGAAGAAAAUGUGGCAGAUUCUGCUGAGGCUGCAGGCACAGAGAGUCCUACUUGUCUUGACCUUGAGCCUGCAGUUCUUGAAUCCAAAGUUCUUCCUGAUUGUGAAAAAUGCCAAGUUCCACUGAAUCUUAAAGCCAGUGACACUUGCUUAGCUGCUCUGGACUGGAGAUUUGAGUCUGAAAAUCUAUAUAAUGAGCAUGGUUCCAUUUCAUCUCAAGGCCCUUCUAAAGCAAAGUCGAGGCUUUCAGACUCUAAAACACAUGAGAGCAACUUAGAGAAAUCUGGUUCUCAUCCUUUGGAAACAAAAACUGACAACAUUGCUAAAAUAUUAUCCAAAGCUGAAGCUAAUGAUGAGGGUAGUCUUCCUCUUGAAUCAUAUUCAGAAAGAGGAAAAUCUAUAGUUUGUUCCAAGAUACCUAUUUCUCAAACAGAGACCAGGCUUUCUUCUCCAUUUAGAAUUACAAAUGAUCCAGAGGUCUUUUCAGAAUUAGCUGCCACAGAGCCUGAGCAGGAUAAAGCUGUUCAAUUGAUGCAUCUUACAAAGAUGGAAGACAAAUAUUCAGAUGAUGGCUUUAAAGAGAAUUGUCCAGCUGAGGUAUCUUCUCCUGUGUCUCAACAUGAAGGUAUACUAGAAACCUUAGGUCAUCCUCCUUCCUUUUCUUUUAUUUCUGGUGAGGAAGACACCAAACCAAUGGCACAGAAUUCUGAAGCCAAGACUUGUGUGAUUUGUCUACCUUCAGAGAUUUGUGGGACUAAAAAGAUUCCUGGUAUCUCAGAAAUGACAGAACUCAGUCCAACUAAAACUUCCCGUGAAUUCCAAGAAACUGACAGAACAAAAGUAAGUUCACUUUUCUUGGGUUCUGGUAUCAGUCUGGAAAAAGAUACUACACCUGAAGAUUCAGGCUUUCUUAAUAUUCCUUCUGUGCUGGGAUCAGAAAAAAGCUUGGUUCACAGAAGAAAAGAGAACGUUCAUUUCCUACAUGCUGAUAUUGGCAGCCUGUCUUUCUCUAGUAACUCUAAAGAAGGAGGUUCACAUAAUUCCCCAAAUGAUUUUGGAUUUGGAAAAGUUGGUAUAGAUGGCAGACAUAAAGAUAUCUCUUUAACUGAUCUGCUCUCCUCUAGUCACUCUUAUUUGGAAUCUGAAGCACCUGUCUCAAAAGAGGCAGAAAUGUUCCUUUUUCAGGAACAUUUGGGAAAUCAUCCGGAGAAGACAUAUCUUGCUUUUCCACUGGCUGCCCCCUUUGACAGUCCUGUGAGAUCAGAGAUUGGAGCAGUUGCUGGGAUUCCAGCGUCAGUUAACAGUUCAAGCCAGCAGUGUUCUGAAGUAUUUGCUGAACAUAUAGAAACGAGGGGAGCACAUGAUUGCCUCAAAAGUGGCUUAGAUAAAAAGGCUGAUACUUUGACAAGUGAGAUUUUUAAUUCUGUCAAGGAAGAAUUUAAAUUCAAACUCUCAUUUAGUACCUGCCAGGAGCAUAUUGCCAAAGCCAGCAUAAUGAAUCCAGGUACUCCGAAAGAAGACAUCACUGAGAAAAAACCAUCAGAUAAAACACUGACAGAGAUACAGCUGACAGAGUGCUUGGAAGAACAGGGCAAGGAAAGUAUCCCAGAAGUCACAGAUGAAGAAAAGGCUGGCGUUUCACAUACAGUUGGUGAGAAGAGUCACAUUUUUAAUUCUGAUAGAACAAAUGUAUCUUGUUUAUUAGAAGAUCAAGCUAGGCAAUUAGUCGAUAAGAUUAUUUAUUCAGCCCAAGAAAUUUUGGCACAUGAUGCUUUUAAAGAUACUGAGGAUACCUGGGAUUCUGAACUUCAGGCUGAUGCUUCAGAAAUUCUGAACAGUGAUGGUGGUGAGCAGCAUGAUAGAGUAAAGGAGUUCUUGGUGUCAGGACAGCCAGAAAAUCAAAGCACAUGUAAAAUUACGGAAAAUAAGGUACUGGGUAGUUUCCUCUCUGUAAGUAACUUAGUUAGUGACACAGAGUCAAUUAAAGGAAGAGAAAUUGUUGCCUACCAAAAGUCCCCAUUUUCUGGAAAUGAACUUGAGCCGUCUGAUAGACUAAAUUUGCAGGAAUCAGCAUCGAUUUUACUAUCUGAAGACAUGCCUCAUAAAGGGCUAGACGAUAAGGUAAGAGCACAUGUCAUUCUCAGAGAGGACUGUAACCAGAAAAUGGAAACAGAGAAUAUGGAUAAUAGUAAAACUGGGACUGAUGAUUCAAGAACACUUGUUUUAAAUUUCAAAUGGCCUCCAUUUGCAAAUGAUGAGCUCCAUGUUCCCGGGACAUCCAAGAGCAGUUUGUCUGAUACUCUUGUAUGUAUGUCUGAAAAAAAUGUUCCAGGUCAUAGUAGUAAAAGUACACCCCAUGCACUUUUAGAGGCAGGCAAAGUACAUAGAAAGGAUACUGAAACCAACUUAGGGAAAAUUGAGCUUUUGCCUUACAUAUUGGAAAUGGGAAAACCAAACAAAAAGGAUGCUGAACUGAAUAUUAUGAAAUAUGAGGUAGUCCUUCCUAUGUCAGAAAUGGGAAGAACACAGAAAAAGGAUGAUGAAUUAAAUAUCACAAAAACUGAGCCAGCAACUGAUAUUUUAAAAAUGGGACUAGUACACCAAACAGAGGCUGAAGAAUGUAUUGAAAAAAUGGAGGAACUAACUGACAUUUUAGAAAUGGACAAAGCUAAUAAGAUGAGGGAUACAGGAGGGAAUGUUGGCAAGGUGGAUAUGCCUGUUGUGUCAGAAGUAAAAAAUGCUCAUCAAAAAGAUGCUGAAGGGGAUAUUACAAAGACUGAGGUGGUGAUGCCAGCCUCAUUAGAAGUGGAAAGUAUUUGCCAAAAGCAUGCUGAAGGAGAUGUUGGUAAGCCUGCAGUGGCAUCAGUUAUGCCAGAGAUGGAAUGUAUCUACCAAAAAGAUGUUGAGGGGAUUACUGAGAAGUCUGAAGUAAUAGCUGUUACAUCAGAAAUGGAUAAUAAUUAUCAAAAGGAUUCUGAAGGAUCUGUGGAUAAAGCUGAGGCAAUGUCUAUAAUGGUAGACAUGCUAAAAGAUUCUGUGGGGAUCACUGGACAGACUCUUGAAAGGCCUUUGUUGAAAGUAGGAAACAUGGGUGACCAAGUGUUACCUGAAAUCAUAAAUGUUGAGAAAACAUAUGGGACAGGUCUGGAAUUGCCCAUUACACAAGCGGAGGGCAUGCUUCCCAUACCUGAAAAAGAAAAAUCAUCCCAAGAAUUUGCAGUAGAGGACACUGGACAAAUGGAGGAAGAGUCCUUGGGAAUAAAGGAAGGCUUAAUAGCACGUGACAAUAGACUUGCUUCAUAUUUUAGAGGGUACGAAUCACCUACAUUAAGUAGAGAUUAUGAAGGCUACCCAGCUUUUCAACCUGGUAAUACCAUGCAAAGGAUAGGCACACCAAUGUCUGUUACUGCAGUACAUAAGAAAACAAGAGGUUUAGAUUACAGCGGUGAAGAAGAAUCAACUUUAGCCUUUGUUUCUCAGGAUGAACAGGAAAAUUCUGCCUUUACUAUAUUAUAUGAAGAACCCCUUCAAGAAGAGAAAUACCCUGCUGUAGAAGUAAGACGAACACAUAGUCUGUUGUUUCCUGAUACAACCAAUAGUGUGCCUGUUCUUGCAUGUGAAAGGUCUGAGAGUAGAACUGACCUUGUCCAUCAUUUUGAGAAGGAUACUAAAUUAGGUGGCACGUUUGACAGUGAUACUUCAGAAAUGUUCCUAUCGGUGGAGGCCAAGAGAUACAAAGUUUAUCCUUUGUCUUUGUCUCCCAUUUAUGAGGAUGACAGCUCUCAGGAGGACAUUCUAUCCGGUGAGGUCUCACCUGGUCAUCAUGGCUCUACAAAAUCGAGAGAGAGUGCAAACCAGCCCUCUUCUGUUUUAUCACUUCUCCAGUCAGUAUCGGAACGUUUAAAAAUGAAUUUUGAUGAAGAUGACAGACAAAUAGGGAAAGAGGAAGAAGAAGAAGAAGAAGAAGAAGAAGAAUCAUUUUAUAAAGGAAGUCCAAGAACUGGAAAGAGGGACAUGAUUACCUUUAAACUGCCUGAUCCUUCCAUCACAUUUUACCAUGAUGAUGAAGAAACUUCUAGGAGCUCAACUGUGACAUCAAAUGAGCCUACCCCCUCCAAUCUGCAAAUGGGUCUGUGGCCAGAAAAGGUUCCACUUCUACAAAAAUCUGACCUUUCUUCUAAACUACAUUCUUCCUUAAAGACUGUUUAUCAUCAGUAUUUGCAAACUUCCAAAUCUCACUCCUCUGAGAAAGGAGCCACAUGUGCUGGAAUAUUUCAUGAACCAGUGUCUAAAUAUUUCCGUGCUCAAGACAGCAAAGGCAGAUUAAACCUGUUCACAGAAAAUGUUGACAAACAAACACUGAGGUGUAACCCAAGACCUGGGAAGAUGGUUAUCUAUGAUGUCCAUGGAAGUAAAUACAAACAAGAGAUCUACUGUAAUAUUCCUGAUGCUACAUCAUGGUCCUUUCCACAUGGGGUGCUGAUAAAAGUUGUGAGGGGCUGCUGGAUUUUAUAUGAGAAACCACAUUUCCAGGGUCAGAAAUGUGUGUUAGAAGAAGGGGAAAAGGUAUUAACUCAUGACUGGAUCCUUCAGAAUCGGAAGCACCCACAAAGAAACUUCGUAUUGGGUUCUAUUAAACGUGUUGUAAAGAACUGCAGUAUUCCAGAGAUAGAGCUUUGCCCACAGUCUGAUCCAGCAUGUUCUCCUAUUUACGUACAUCGGCCUGUCCCCAAUUUGGAGGAGCUGAAUAUCCCAAAGUCUGUGUCCUUCACUGUGAAGUCUGGAGUUUGGCUUGCCUACCCAGAUAUUAAUUUUAAGGGGCAAGCUACAGUUCUGGAGGAGGACCAUGGGCUCUUUGAGAUUUCCGUAACAGAAAUGAAAUCAUUGCAUCCACUUCAGAUGGGUGGACUAAAAGUGGAAAUGCCUAUGAACUUAAAGGUUAUUAUUUAUGAAAAACCUCACUUCUGUGGGCAUGCCAGAGAAUUUAGUGAACAUAUAGAUUCAGUUCCUAAGUUUUUAAAAAAUGACCUGGACUUUCAAGGAAUUGGAUCAAUCCGUGUCAUUGGUGGAGUGUGGGUUGCAUAUGAAAAAGAACAUUUUAAAGGCCGGCAGUUCCUGCUUGAAGAAGGAGAUUUUGAAGACAGUAGUGCUUGUGGGGCAUUAAGCGGCCCCAUUUUGUCUUUCCGGUACUUACAAGCUAAUUUUAUAGAAUCAGCAAUCACACUAUUUGAAUCUGACCUAGAAAGUGGGAAGUUCAUUGAUAUUACAAACCAGGAAGUUUCUGACUUAGAAGAAAUUGGCUUUGGCAGUGAAACAAGAUCCAUUCACGUUCAAAGUGGAGUAUGGGUUGCCUACCAGCAGAAGUUCUUUUGUGGAGAACAGUACAUUUUAGAGAAAGGGAAAUACAAAUGCUUUUUUGACUGGGGAGGAUCAAGUAAUACAAUCAUGUCAAUACGGCCUAUCCAGCUGGAACCACUUGGGAUAAAUGAGCCUCCACAUUUGCUCAAAGCAUUCAGCAAACCAGGAUUUCAAGGAGAAUGCAUAGACUUUACAAAAGAAGUUUCUGAUUUGACUUCAUUCACACCAUGUUCUUUUAAAGUUCUUCGGGGUUGCUGGCUCCUCUAUUACCAAGAGGACUUUUAUAAUAACCAGUGUGUGUUAGAAGAAGGCCUCUAUGCUGACCUCACUUCCUGUGGCUGCCCAACAUCUAGAGUCAAGUCCCUGAAGCCCAUUGGCUAUGUGUUUGAAGAGCCAUCCAUCAGUCUUUUUGCUCUGGAACAUUGUGAAGGAAGAGAGUUACAUCUAGAAGAUGCUGUGAAUUCUGUUCUGAACAAGGACCUGCACUUCUACACCCAGUCCGUGUGGGUUAAAAGCGGACUGUGGAUAGCUUAUGAAGGAUCCAAUUUCUUGGGAAGACAAAUCCUACUUAAGCCUAAUGAGAUCCCAAAUUGGACAGCAUUCAGUGGAUGGAAAACAAUUGGUUCCCUCCGUCCCAUGAAGCAGCCUGCAGUGUACAUUAGAAUAAAGAACCGAGCCCAGGAUGGAUAUCUGACAGUCACUGGAAAUGUAGCUGACAUGAGGGCAACAUCUGUAGGCAUUUCUCCGCACAAUGGAAAGAACACUCAGAUCUGGUACUAUUGUCGAGGACUCUUUAAAUCCAAGGCCAGCGACACGUGUCUCGAUGUGAUAGGUGGUAGAGACACACCUGGCGCCAAAGUGGCCCUGUGGACUGAGCAUGGCCAAUUCAGGCAGAAGUGGAAACUGAAUAGAAAUGGAACCAUCAGCUCUUAUCUCAGUGAUCAACUUGUCCUUGAUGUUAAAGGAGGAAAUUAUUACGAUAAAACUCAUGUAAUUGUAAAUCAGCCACUAGAAGGAGAAGACACACAGAAAUGGGACAUUGAAAUUUUGUGAGAGAAUCUGUAACAUCCUAGAAAGACCAAAAACAGAAACCUUGGUAAAGAAACGUGAUCCUUCAUUACUGAACAGAAUGCACUUUUUCCCCCAAGCUCAGCAUAUUCUUGCCAAUUCAGUGCUCCCAUGAAGACUGGAUUAUGAUUUUGGGGGAAGGUUCUAUUCCUGCUUCAUCUCUUGUGUUGAUAAAAAAAAAAAAGCUUUCUCUACACCAGUCAGGAAUCCUGUUCCUGAUAGCCAUCAUAGGACAUACUAUCCUGUAUUAAUUUCCCAGUAGCUGUGUAUAUAAGAAGGGCAAGGCAGGGGGGAAAAACAAAGUCAUUUUCUGUGUAUGCCUUCAAACAGAUAACCUUUCUUGCACUAGAAACGACUGAAUAGUUUCUUUUCACACCCAUAAAUGCCUUUAUUUACUAAGUAAAAUUAAGUGGUAUAUCAUGGACUCAGUAUCCAAGUAAAAAACAUUUGUUCUAUUUUUACAUAGAAAAGUUGUCUAUCGAUCUAUAUGAAACUAUCGGCCUAUAUGCACUUUAGAAUGUAAAAUAACAGUGAAUUGUUUAAACUCGAAGACCCACAAUUUUGAGUAUUUUUAUAGACUUGGUCUUUAAAAUGUAAAUAUUAUUGGGGGGUGGGUUUAAUCUCUGGUGCUCUUGUCACCUUUCUAACAGCAUCUGUAAAAUUUCCUUAUGCCCAUGGAUGUGAGUGCCAGUAUUAUUUUAUAGGGGUAACUAUUUUAAUUGGGAGGGCUUGUGUAUACAGAGGUAUAUAUAUUCAUUGUAAAAAAAAUUUCAGGUUGAAAUUUUUUCAUGUUAAAUGUUUAAUGUUAAAUUUUUUUUCACUGAGGCUCUUUAAACAAAUUGUUUCUCCCAAAGAUAACUUUUAAUUAAAUUAAUAAUACACUAUUGAAGUUGUGCCUUUUCUACCACACUGGAUUAAAUAAAUUUGUCAAAAACUG